UGGUUUUUGUUGGCACAUGGUGUUUAUGUACCCGUCUGUGCAGGGUACUGUAGCGAUAAAUGUGCGCGCCAAUUCAGUUCGCAGGCUAGGCCGGUUCGCAAGGAACCUGCCAAAUAUAUGCAAGACUGGGGUACUGCAUUUUGUUUCGGAUUCAAAUCAACGUAUACGUCACCAUGGAGAUUCUCGCGGCCUUGACCGUCCUCGAUGUUCGAACGAUUCUCCUGGGGAUCGCCGUGUUUCUCGUCGUGUUGCGCUUCCUUCGUCGACCGCGGAAUCCGCCUCCCGGGCCCUGGGGCUGGCCCUUCCUGGGAAACCUCCCACAACUGAUGUUGUCCGGAGGCGAGAUGCACGAGAACUUCUCGAAGCUGACUGCCAGAUACGGUAACGUUGUAAGCAUCAAUCUGGCGGGAAUGUCAAUGGUCGUUCUGCAUGGGCACAAUACAGUAAAAGAGGCGUUCUCACGGCAGCAGCUCAGCGACCGACCGCCCGCUUACAUGACCACGAUGGUCGCCCCCGGACAUGGUUUCCUUGCAUCCUCGGGCGAGAACUGGGUGGAGCUACGUCGCUUCUCCAUGACCGUUCUCAAGAAACUUGGGGUGGGCAAGUCCGCCUUCGAGCAGAACAUUGUCACAGAAGCCGAGAUCUUCCUGGAGGAGGUCCAGAAACACGGAGGCGAGGCGUUCGACCCAAAGCCCGCCCUGGGCAACGCCGUGGGUAACAUCAUCAGCAUGGUGGUCUUCGGCAAACGGUUCCAGUACACCGACCCGUCGUUUAAGCGUCUCCAGCAGGCCAAUUCUGAUCUGGCUUUGCAGGCUGGGGCAGGGAGCGUGUUCGAAUUCUCACCGGUGUUCAACAAGCUGACCAUGCUCCCAUUUGUGCGGAGCUAUGCCGCCAGCUUGAGGAACUACUACGGUCAAAUCAACCAGCUCAUUGCAGAGCACAGCAAGGAGAAGAGCGCCGAUCAUCAGGAAGAUCUCAUUGAUAUCUUCUUGAGUGAGCGGAAAAUUAAGGAGGAACAGGGCGUGGAGAAUGCAGCUCUGCGACCGAGAAACUUGCAGCACAUCGUCGGGGACCUGUUCGGGGCCGGGUCCGAGACCACCGCCACCAGUCUCCGAUGGGGCAUGCUGUACAUGAUGGCGUACCCUGAGAUACAAACCCGGGUCCAGAAGGAACUGGAUGACGUCACUGCUCGCAAUCGCCUGCCCAGGAUCGCAGACAAGCCUGAGCUGCCAUAUACGGAAGCAGUGUUGUGUGAGAUUCAGCGCAUUGGAACCAUCUCGCCGUUGGGUCUGCCUCACGCAACCACGGAGGAUACCACUAUCGCCGGAUACAACAUUCCCAAAGGAAUGACCCUCAUGUAUAACAUCUGGCACAACCACUUCGACCCGCUGGUAUGGGAAGAGCCGGAGAAGUUUCGUCCGGAGCGAUUCCUUGAUGGGGAUGGCAAGUUUCGUUCCAGGGAGGAGUUCAUGCCAUUCGGAACUGGUCGCCGCAUGUGUCUGGGAGAGCACCUGGCCAAGAUGGAGCUCUUCGUCUUCUUCACGUACCUUUUGCAUCACUUCACGAUGAAGAAACCUGACCAUGUUCCCGCCGUGUCCUUCGAAGUAGAGCAAAACAGCUCCUUGAGGGCACCGCAGAACUUUGACAUCUGCCUCAUUGCCAGAGAUUAGACUCUCCCCCUCCCCUAACAAAAAUAUGGGGACCGGUAGCUAGCUCCGAUUGAAAGCCAUUGAUUGGAUCACAUCUGAGCAUGCGCGCAGCAUGAUUGUUUAUUUUUGAAUCAACAUUCAGCUUUGUGCAAGGACGAUGGUUGAACACAAUACCAAAAAACUAUGCAAAAAUCGAAGCUCAUCACCUACGAAAUUGCACAUGUGUGGCCUAUUACCGUUUUGAAAGUGGUUGCGCGCCAACAUUACCGUUGUGAUUUUACGUUUGUAAAUGCAGGAGGCGGGAUUCGACUAUGCACGUCCAGCAUAUUAUUUGCAUACAUUAUUUGAAAGCAUCCUAAUUAAUGUUUAAGCUAGGAUUUACUGCUAGCUACCUGUCCCCAUUUUUGAAGUCCCAAGGACAUGGAGGGACAGGGAACCAGACUAUUAUGCCAAAGAUUAAGCCAUCAUUUAGGACACAGGGAGUGCGUUAAUUAGUAGAAAUAGUACAGCAGUUUGGUUUAAAGGGACACUGGGUCCUGGAACAGCCCAAUUGGGCUACAAAACGCGCGUUGAACGAGAUGAUGUUAAUCGGAAAUAACAUUUAAAACUAGGAUAUAAACAUCCACACAACUAUCCUUUAAAAACUGGGCGUGUUUGUGUUAUUCCUGUAUUAUGCGUGCGAAAAUGAAUUUCGGGGUCCACUUUUGCGACCCCAUAAAUUCGAGCUGUUUGGAUGCCAUUCGUAAAGUGUUCGCAUUUUGCGGACGUGGAAGAACCUAUAUUUUUUUGCAUUGGUGAUUGGUCACUGCUGUUCCCGAGACACACAACGUGUAUAUCGUACACUGAGAACGACACGAAAAACGUAUCAGUACUCCGUCGUGUCUGAUGUAAACAACCGCGUUUUUUUCGUCUUCUCGGAAACGGUAGGACAUUAGGUUGGUUUCCUUUCCACCAGAUGUUUGAUGCUAAGUACACAAUCCAAAACAUGAAAUUUUGGGGGAUUUCAGGACCUAGUGCCCCUUUUAAUUCAAUCUAAAAAUCAAAGAUUAAUGUCGUGAAGUUUCAAUAACCUUGGGUUGUACACCACUGAAGGCUUUGUAAAGAGCGCCCUCAUUGACUCCAAUAUCGACCUGAAUGCUAUUUGAACGAUAACUUGGUUGCCAUAACAAUAUGGAGCCGGAUGGGACAUUUUCCGUUUUUCUGAAAUAACUAUAAUAUUGAGGCCUGAAAUAUAAUGUAAUAUUUUGCCUGAAAUGAUAUAAUGAAUAUAAGUAUUAGCAUAAAAACCAAAAAGGCACCCAAAAUACCUAUAGUUAUAGCAAAACUAUAAUUACCAAAAAAAUUGAAAAUAAAGUUAACUUGGUUGCCAUAAUAAUAUGAAGCCGGAUGGGAAUUUGUCCGUUUUCUCCCAAAAGGAUUUUCGCAGGUUUUUUGCCCCUCCCGUAAAUAUAUUUUUUUGAUGUCACAAGAAAUAUCCAAAUUUGUCGUGUUCACUUAUUUCACCUUAAGCCUUUAGGAAAGUCUGUUAGAGUUGUCGUUUAAAAACGAAACGUGCAAUAUUCAUAAUAGUUGCUUUACAAUCAUGCUGUAGUCCCAUAUGCUUAUAUUUUAUUUUAUUGUGCCGUAUUGUCUUUGUAAUGUAUAUGUGUGUAGUCAUUUGUAGUUUAUGCAGGGCCCCAAUAGAAACAGUUUUAAACUGUUUUGGCAUACCCUGGGUAAAAAAAAAAAUAAAUGAUGAAUAAAUAAAUGAAUGGGGUACAAAGGUGCAUUUUCAAAAAUUGCAUUUAAACAUUACAUUGAAUGUGACUGUAAAAUGUGAAUAAUUAAAAUUUGAAAAAGAAAAUCCCCAAGAUAGCAGAUGCAUUUUAAGAGAAAGAUGUGAGAAUUAUCUCUGCCUUUACUUUUUAUAUGUUGUCUUAAUUGCAACUCAUAAAAUUCGCUGCAAAGUCAGUAUGCCUGAAAGUGAUUUAACUGAAAUAAAUAUUAAUCUCAUUGAACAGUGUA